ACUAGCUUUCAAAAGGCAGUGCUUUGUGUGUCCGGACACACACGUUCUCGUAAUCAGCACUGAGAUCAUCAUGGCAGCUGAGGGAAAUCCUAUUUGCGGUGGAGUUAUGUUGCUCCACACUGAACGUAAAGGGAAACACUCGUAUGAAGUUAAUGGCUUUUUUAACUAUAACAAAGGAAAUUUUGCAAGCAUCGGAGAUAAAGUUCUAAUGAUAAACAACACAGAUGUGGAGGAUUUGAUUCCACAGGCUUUUGCUGAGCUUUUGGCUGAAGGGUGCCCCUUACUUACCAUACAUCAUUCAUCCAAAAUGGCAAAUGAAAAGUGUGAAUCUGAGGAAAUCGUUGUACGUAAAAAGGAGCCGACGGUCAUGAGAUUUAGCAUGAUGAUGGUAAGAGAGGAAGAGCUGGAAGCAACUGAAGUUCAGCCAUCGCUAGAUUGGGAAGACAGAGUCAUUGAAGACGACUGUUUCAGUGAAGACAAUCUUCUGCUUGUCUCCAUGGCUGAGACGAGCUUUAGUGUGGUCGUUGGUCGGGGCUGUGAUCCUGACAGCCCUUGCAACAGCUGUGGAGGAAUGAAUUGCCAGUUUAAUGAAGUUGUUGUCCUGCCUGCGACAGCUGAGAUUACCUUUAAUUCUUCAAGGAUUUUGAUGCAGAUUAAACAGCGGAAAAAUCUGUUCUUGCAGAGUUUCUUGUUGAAAAAGUAUGUCACCCCAGAGAAUCAGCAUAUGCUUUUGAAAGACACAAUGUCAGCACAAAUCACCCUCUACUAUUAUACGAUCACAAUGGACCAUGAAGGCGUUCCUGUUGUGCUGAACUGCAGUGGCACAGAAAACUUCUUCUGCUGUACCACCAAGCAAGGUGAAGAUAAGAAGAUUUUGACAGUCACUAGCCAUAAUAAAAAGGACCUGAAAAGCAUCUGUCCCGAUGACCGAGAAAAAUGGUCCCUUGUAUUUUUCAUGUCUUCUGGGAAAGAUAAUCUCCGGCGUUUUGAGUCAGCUCUUUACCGAGGAUGGUUCAUCUACACAGAAAGGGUAAAUAAUAGAGAAGUGGACAUGCAUAAAGUAGAUCAGCUGGACAGUAAGAAAGACGGUGCGUUCUCAUUCAUAAUUCUGAGUGAGCGUGGGUCAUUGUACAUUUUAUAUUACUGCUUAGCAUCAGGAAUGAUGCAAGUGCCAGGUUUGUCUUUGAACUGUACGCUCGUGUUUUCCCCUCCAACACACCAUCACACGCAUCAGUAUUUCCAGCCAAACCUUACGUUUUGGUGUACUACUCACAACUUCCUCUUCCUACCGCAUGAGAGCUUUGACAUUAGAAAAAGCAGCAAUCAGAGGCAGAGCUCUCACAUCGUUUAUAUCAGCACAGAGAUCAACAUGGAAGUACAGACUGUAUGUCAUAUGAACACUGAAAAAACAGAAGAGUGUCAACCGGAGACCUCCUCAAGCAAUAAAAAGAUGUUGAAAUUCAUGAGAUUCAGCCUGUCGAUUGAAGAUACUGAGCCUGAGGAAUCAUCAAAUCCGAAACCAGAGAAGGACACUGAGGACGAAGUUGAUCAUUCGUUUCAUUCGCGGACAACAAUGUGCUUAAACCUGAUUGAUCAAGAGUGUGAUGCUGACAACCUUUCCUGCAAAUGUGAUUUAAUCUCUAAUGACAGCAAGAUCACUGCAGAGACAGCUAACAUUGCCUACAUCUCUGAACAAAUUUGGAAAGUAAUUAAAGAACAAAACAAUUUGUUCCUGAAGACGCCUGAAGGAUGCAAGUAUGUUGCAUCGAAACAGAACGAGAUAUGUCUGGAGAACACCAUGUCAGCAAAAAUCACCAUCUUUCACGGCACCUUCCUUGGCAUGGUCCCCAGCGACAAAAACUUAGGUGUUCCUGUUAUGCUGAAGUUCACAGACACAAACAAAUUCCUUUGCUGCACCAGCCAAGGAGAUGAAAUGAUAUUAUCAAUUAAAGUGUAUGACGUACAAAAGAUACACCUUCCAGAUCCAGAAAAAUCCCUCAUUUUCUUCAUGUCUCAAAAGUGUGAUGGUCUCCGGUAUUUUGAAUCAGCGCUCCACAGAGGAUGGUUCAUUCACACUAUAAAUGAUAAUGUUGUGAAAAUGAAAAGAGACAAUGAAACAUCCAGCAGUUGCUUUGUCUUAGAGUGA